GUCCACAGUCUCUGACAUGGCAACUUUUUAUUGGUUAGUUCCAGCAGUAGGCAUGGCGGUUUCCUUCCUCCCUCCCUGCAAAACCAUGAGAAGGCUACUGGGCAAUAGGAAAAAUACAUAUAUUUGUAGAUUUAGUAUCAGAAAUGCAAAAAAAGGUAUGGCGAUCACUUCAAAACAGUUUCUUGUUUUUCUAUUUCUCUGCUUAGCAAAUUCCAUUCAAUUCUCCGCAGUUUCUUCUUCUACUUCGCCUCAGGGUUAUCAAGAACAUGCAGUUGUAAGAACUCUGAAGCAAGAACAGGGGAAUGCUCAUGAAGUGCACUGUUCAAGAGAGAGGAGUAGGGCAGCUUGGAAGAUAAUUGAGGAGUAUUUGAUGCCCUUUGUUGAGAAGGAACAGUAUCAGAUUCCAAUUAGGUGUAGGCUUCACCCUGCAAAUGACCUGUACAGAGAUCAAGAAGAGCAUAAACUCCAGGAAGAUAUAAAUGAAUGGCGAUGUGGGUACUGUAAAAAGGAAUUUUAUGACGAAAAAUAUCUGGAUAAGCAUCUUGACAACAGACAUUUCGAUUUACUGAACGUGAGUCAGGGCAGAUGCUUAGCAGAUGUAUGUGGUGCAUUACAUUGUGACCAAGUAAUGGAUUCUGCAACACGCAAGACUAAGUGCAAUCCUGCAGCUGCUGCAAGGAAUAGACAUCUGUGUGAGAGUCUAGCUCAAAGUUGUUUUCCGGUCAAUGAGGGUCCUUCAGCUCAUCGCCUUAAUGAGUUCUUCUUGCGACAAUUUUGUGAUGCCCACACUUGCACUGGACAUCAGAAACCAUUUUCUAAGGGGGGCAAGAAGCAAACGAGUAUACUGUACAUUAUACUCUCUGUCUUGAUUUUGAUGCUGUUGUUGCUUUUCUACUGUUUCGUAUACUUGUACAGAAGGGGGACAAAAAGGGGGGCACAAGGUCUGAAGCGCAUAUCAAAAAGUGGACAUCAGAAAAAAUCUUCAUAGAUGGUGCUCUUAAAACAUUUUUGUUUUUCAUAUACAAUUUAAUUAGCUUUAAUUUUUACGGCAAAAACUGUCCAUUUUUGCAUUUAGACUACAAGGUGCUUUCAGCUUUCUUUCAGUAUACUUUUCUGUACCCUGAAAUUUUUGGGGUAAAGAAAAACCAGAUAGGACUACAAGCCAAUGUAAUGAAAGAUGUUAAUGACUUUUUUCAGAAUAGGAAUGCUUUGUAAUUGUACGUUGAUAUUCCUGAUAAACGAAAUCUUUAUUUAGAAGGCAACAAAAUCAGUAAAGCUACGUUGCUUUGUA